AUGGAUAGCACAAAUCACUUUGGCUACCUUAAAAGUUUCGUUGGAGGUAACGUGGUUGCCCUUGGCGCUGGAACACCUUAUCUUUUCUCAUUCUAUGCUCCUCAGCUACUGAGCAAGUGCCGCAUACCAGUUUCUGCUUCAAGUAAGUUAUCGUUCUCUCUGACAAUAGGAAGCUCAUUGAUGGGAAUUUUGGCAGGAAUAGUUGUCGAUCGAAGCCCUAAACUGUCCUGUCUAAUUGGAUCCAUAUGUGUUUUCAUCGCGUAUUUGAUUUUAAAUUUGUGCUAUAGGCACGAAUGGUCUAGCACUUUCCUCAUAUCGUUAAGCCUAAUAUUGAUUGGAUAUGGUUCUGUCUCAGGGUUUUAUGCUUCUGUGAAAUGCGCAAAUACAAACUUCCCUCAACAUAGGGGUACUGCUGGGGCAUUUCCUGUGUCACUGUACGGCUUGUCAGGCAUGGUGUUCUCAUACCUUUGUUCGAAGCUUUUUGGUGAAGACAUCGAGCACGUGUUCAUUUUCUUGAUGGCUACGUGUGGUAGUAUGAUUUUGGUAGGCUAUUUCUCACUAGAUAUAGUUUCUAAUAGAGAAGGGGAUGACGCUAGCAUUAAGGAAUGGGAGCUUCAAAAGAGCAGCGAAACAGACGAUAAUAUAGUACCGUUAUAUGAUAACAGUAAUGACUAUAUAGGUUCACCCGUGUGUUCAUCGCCACCUGCCACCUAUGAAAAUUUUGCACUGUCAGACAAUUUUCAAGAAACCUCAGAAUUUUUUGGACUUGAGGAUAGACAGUUGUCAAACCGACCAUUGUUAUCGCCUUCCUCCCCACGCACUAAGUACGAUGUCGAAGGUGAGAGCACCAUUAAAUGUACAAUGGAUGAAAAUAGCGCACAGAAAAGUAUGAGAUCACAUGUACUCCAAAGCUUAAAAUCUUCAACAUUUAUUGGUUACUACAUAAUAUUGGGUCUGCUACAAGGCGUCGGCUUAAUGUACAUAUAUUCUGUGGGAUUUAUGAUACAAGCUCAGGUUUCUUCUCCACCUUUGAAUCAACUACCAAUUAAUGCGGAAAGGAUUCAAUCAUUGCAAGUAACUCUUCUGUCUCUUCUUUCAUUUUGCGGUAGAUUAUCAUCUGGCCCUAUAUCCGAUUUUUUGGUCAAGAAAUUCAAAGCUCAAAGGCUAUGGAAUAUUGUGAUAGCGUCUCUCUUAGUAUUUUUUGCGUCGAAUAAAAUAUCCAAUGACUUCAGCAGCAUUGAAGAUCAUUCUUUAAGAGCUUCCAAGAUAUUCAAGAAUAUUUCUGUAUGUUCAGCAGUCUUCGGUUAUUCUUUCGGCGUUCUAUUCGGUACUUUUCCCUCAAUAGUAGCGGACAGAUUUGGCACAAAUGGGUAUAGUACGUUGUGGGGUGUUUUAACAACCGGUGGUCUAUUUUCAGUCAGUGUUUUUACCGAUAUAUUAGGUAGAGAUUUCAAAGCAAAUACAGCGGGCGAUGAUGAGAACUGCGAAAAGGGAGUGCUUUGUUACAGCUAUACUUUUACGGUUACGAAAUAUUGCGCCGCUUUUACUCUUUUAUUCGUUUUGGUGAUAAUUGGAUGUACAUGCUAUCGAAGAAGAGCAACUGCUAAUUCACCAUAG